AUGAACGGGUUUAGAGCCAACACGAAUGGACACAAAUGGAAGUAUUUUAAUAAGGGCAACGGGAAUAGGAAUGGCGACAAAGGCAGAUUGGAUCGGAAGCGUGAAACCUACAGGAAAGACAAAGAAAAAAAUGUAGAAGAAAUUAUGGACUACCUGAUUAACAUUUCGUACAUUUUAAAUGAAAAGUAUGAGAAGUAUUUUGUUCACGAACUGAAGGAGGAUAACUUAAGAAAAGGAAAUAAAUGUUUUGGUGCGAUCAAUUUGAGCUACUCCUACGAUGUUGAAGAUGAUAUAUGCAUUUUGAUAAAGAUAAGAGACGAAAUAAAAGGGAGCGAGAAGGAGUUAGCAGAUCAGAGGAAGUGCUCCAAGAUAAUGGAAAAGCUGAUAUACUACUGCUUUUUCCUGCUAAAGUAUAAUGAGAAGGAUGUACAGGAUGAGAGAAAUGGCAAAAUGGGCGUCAAUAGCAAAAUGAGCAUGCAAUGCAUAGAAAUUUACAAUCAUUUUUUGCAUGUCAUCUGUUCGGACUACCUGAAGUUAGCAUCGUCCAGUUAUGGUUCCCAUUUUGUGCAGACUGUUAUCUGCGUGUAUUCCUUUUUUAGAAGAGUGGAGGAGAAAUAUGCUGACGAGUUGAAGAAAAAAAACAGGGGCUACCAACCCUUGGACGUUUACUUCAAAGAGAUCUGUACCAUCACAACGGAGAAGCUGUUUACCCUCAUGCUGAAUAAAUCGGGGACACACGUGUUGAGGUCAUUUUUGUACUCCCUGGGUGGAUACCUAAACAUUAACAUUUCAAAUAUAUCUUUUAGAAAGUCCAAAGUUAGGGGAACCAGCACGAGGACUGAAUUGAAGUACCUGGAGAAAGGGCAAAGGAAGGGUACCAAAGACGCAGGGGGAGAUGACAUGUUCUAUCAGUACGUUGACAUAAUUGUCCAAAAAGUGACUGAAGAAAUUGCCAACCCGAAGGUUUCCCUCCCCAUGAAGAAUUUGCUCUACCAGUACGUCUUUUAUGAGGAAGCGGGGGGUGGAAUUAGUGGAAAGAAGAGUAUUCCCCUUCCUAAUGGCACUAACCAUGGGGAGGGGGCGGAGCACCCCCUAGGAGAUUCCAAGUACAUUAUGGAGAGCCAAAGUCAGCAUUUCAUCCCCCCCCUCCUGUACCACACAUAUGCAGUUCCAGCACUAGGGACGCUGUUCGAACUGCUGAAGGAGAAAAACGUGGAAUGCGACAAAUUAGUCAGAGAAAUAUUUCUAAUAGAGAAGACGAAAAAGUAUUUUAUUAACAAAACACGAGAGGAUUCUAAGUGCCACGAAGAGAGUCCCCUAAAGCAGGUGCUCAGUAUUUUGAUUAAGAUGGACGGGCCCAGUAUCAUGAUAGAGAAGUUGCUCAGAAUGAAUAGUGAACCAAUUUUCUACGUUUUUAAUGUCUACAUUUUAAAGGAUAUAAAUAGCUUGGUGUGCGAUAAUGCAUACUCCAGCCUGGUGAUAUACAACUACCUCACGUUGGAAUACAUCACUGAAGAGAUGUUUGAUUUACUCAUGAAGAGUAUCGAUAUCGAUCUGAUUAUUCGGAGGAAGAAAUUCAACGUGUUGAGGCGCCUCUUUGACUUGUCACAGUGUUACCAGAGGAACUGCAGGUUGCUGCUGAACGCGUUGCUGCGAUGGUUGCGCGUGGGGGGUGCCGUCAGCACGGAUUCUGCCAAGGGGAAUCGCGGCAAUAAUGGGGAGAGUAUCUGCAAGAGUAAUGGCGCCGCUGCAAACACAGGUAUCGACGCUUCCCACGUCGACGCCACAUCCGGCGCGAAAUUCCUGUGGAUAUGCAUCCUCUGCAUGCGGAGCUACCAGGACCUGCACCCCGUCCUCCGAGAGGUGUUCAGUGGGCAGAACAAAAAGAGGCGAUGCGAAGGGGACGGCAAAGGGGACUGCAAAGAGGAAUGCUCCAAUCUGAACAACUACAAUUUUUACGAUUACCUAAAAGUGGACACAAACGGAUACUACAUCCUGACGCACAUCCUGUCCUUUCCGAAGGAAUCCAUCACGCCGGUGACGAAUUCGUUCAGGCAGUUUUGUAAUUUUUUAAAAAUUGUAAAUGGGAAUGUGGCUAGCCAGGAGGAUAUCCAAAAGUAUGAAAAUUUUUUACAGACGUUCGGAGGGAGCCAUGGAGGUAAUGAAAAUCGAGAGGAGCGAGAUGAUGCCGAUGUUGGAUAUGGGCCUAUUCGGGGAGGGAGGCAGAUGGGGCCUGAACAAACAGGGAUAGGUAAUAAUCCCUCGCCCCAAACAAAUGAUACAAGAGUCAAACCGUUUAUACGGAAAAACGCAGACCUACGAGGAAACAUCCUUCUGUACUUCGCCUGUGAUAGAAAUCUGUCCGUCCUGUGCGAAAAAAUCGCACACACAUUUAACUUGUUAAACGAAAAAUAUCUGCGAAACUUUAUUCUGUUGUUUAAGAGUGAGUAUAAGAGAAUAGCUAGCCAUUAUGUAGGAGCCCACACCAUCGUGACGUUUUUCAAGCUGGGCUCCGAUGAAGUGAAAAAGAAAAUAUUGGACGCCCUCGUGGAGGGGGACAUAAACGUCUUUAAUGGCUACAUGAGGAACUUCAUGAAGCUCAGGGAAUAUAAGAAGACCAAGACGAUAAACACGAAUAGUAAGAAGUACGUCAAGGCGAAGGAGAUGUUCCAGGAUAUCCUGGUCCCGGCGAGGGAGAAGGGGGGAAGAGCGGCAGGGGGGGAAGAGGCAGAGGAGGAAGAAGUAGAAGUGGAAGGCGAGGAGGACGUACAAGUGGAAGACGAGGAAGACAUAGAAGUGGCCGACGAGGAGGACGACAAGGUAGCCAACUCGGAUGAGACUCACUUCCUAGAUUCAGCACACAAGAAAAAGAAAAAACCUGAUGCGAAACGAGCAGCUGGUAGGACGGAUAAGCCCGGCGGAGAGGAAGACUACAUGAAUUUGAUAACGGACUUUAUAAAGAAUUCCAAAAAGAAGAGCCGAAAGAGGAAGAAGGAGAAGGAAAAGAUAGACCAAGUGCUGGGAAAAAAGGGCAAGUGCACCUAA